AUGGUCAAGCAUCAGGGAAAUAGAGGGUGCCAAGUUGCACCUUUUCAAAUUACUCCGUCGAAUGCUAGGUUGGGACCGCGAACGAGUAGAACAUUCCAGGUAACAUUCAGACCAGGAUUGAAAUUUGAAAAAGAUGAUAAUAAUAAUAAUAAUAAUCAGCACACGUACAACUAUCUAGCUAGUGCAUACAUCAUUUUAAACAAUUUGCAAGAGCGUUGCAUCGAGGGAGCCUUGCAUAGGAAGGAUCAUUACGAUUUAGAAACCGUUAACUUGAACAUACACGCUACCUCGGUUAUACCGAAAUUACAUAUAGACUAUGAAUUAGAUGAGGGAUUAUACUUCAAAAUGAUGGCUGGAUCCUUAUUGAUGGACGACUCAACUGUGCAAUUCAACGCAUCAGCUGACCAGCCAUUCUCAAUAUUCUCAACCAAAGAAGCGAAGAGUCGCUACGUAAGUGAGGUUUACACCCUUAAGCCUGGUCACAAGGUGAAGGUGAAAAUAAACUUCACAUUAACAAUGGAUCACGUUGAAGAAAGGCAUGAGAUCGAAAACAACAACAACAACGACAAUAACAACAACAACAACAAGAGAUACUGCGAUGACGAGAAUCAGACAUCACUGCACAUAUUAGAUAGCGCUUACAUUAACUUUUAUUGUCAGUGCUGUCACGAUAGAUGCUUGCUCAUGCUGCCUUAUAAGAUGGAGUUACCUAUGUACGCGCGAUUGGUUUUACCGAAAUUCCGUCUGUCGGAUACUUGCGUCGAUUUCGGUAAAUGUUACGUCGAUCAGGGAUGGACCGGAACCGUAAGACUGACGAAUACUUCCGAAUCGACAUGCUAUUGGUUCGCUGUACUAGACCAACAGUCGUCAGCAUGGUCAUCCGAAUUCUUCAUUGAACCGUGCGAUGGUAGGUUGGGUAGCAGCUAUGAUAACUACGUUGUCAUAAACAUACACUUUUAUCCAAGGUUCUAG